CUGGCUUCAUACAUGGCAAGAUAUCCUGUCGGAUCGGUCGGUUGUGGAAGACCAUAUCUGUUCAUGAGGAGUUCGGAAGCAAGACCUAUGUCAUGUUGACAAAGGUCGGCCAUGGCCUCGACGCCCGCAAUUUGGAGACGACUGCGACGAUGGAAGCCGACGGAUCUUUUACCCUGAACACGCCGAACGCAGGCGCCGUCAAAGCAAUGCCGCCAUCCUCGCUGCUAGCCGGCAUGGCCCGCGUUGCUGUUGUUUUCGCCCGGCUCAUCGUGGGCGGCGAUGACCGAGGGGUGAAACCCUUUGUCGUGCGGAUCAACGACGCGAGAGGCAUGUGUGACGGCGUUGUGUCGCGUGUGCCCCCUGUGCGGGCCGGGACCAAGCCGCUGGACCACUCCAUCACGACGUUUUACAACGUGCGGCUUCAGCCCGAAACGCUUCUGGGAUCGGCGUCGCGAGGCGACAACGAGCGAGAGGAGUUUCUUACCCACAUCUGGAGGGUUUCCGUCGGCACGCUCUCUCUCUCUAUUAUGGGGGUGUCUGCCAUCAGGGCUGCGGGCUGCAUCGCCGCCCUGAACAGCCGGCGUCGUCUGGUCGGAGACAGGAACAAACUGCCCAUCAUGCAGUUCAGCACGCAGCAACGACCGAUCCUGGAAGCACUGGCGCACGGAGAAGUCUUGCAUGCAUACGCGAAGUGGAGCGUUGGCGGAUUUAUGAACUCAGACCACAACGCAGACGUCCGCAGAGGGAUCGCUACCUUCUUCAAAGCCCUGGUGGUGCGGUCGUCACGUUUAGUUCACGAGCUGGCGGAGCGAUGUGGCUGGCAGGGCCUGUACGCGCACUACCAGAUGAGCGAACUCGCAUCAACCUUCCAGGGAAACUCCGUGGCCGAGGGCGACACUCUCGUUAUAAGCAUUCGUAGGUCUUCCUCAUAUACGAGCCUGGAUAUGGAUCCUGACACCUGCGGAGAGAAACUUGGAAGAACAAUUUGA